GUCUGGCUCUUCGGGGACGAGGUGGACGCGGGGUCAAUUACGUCCGUAGCCAUUUUGGCUCAGGCCUGGCUCAAGCAAUUUGGGUUCAACUGCCCACACUAUCCUCAGACGCCUUCCUUGGACUGGGACUCGCGCCUCCCCCCUGUGGCAGCCGAUGGCCGCCUCGGCGCCGCCCCUCGAGGAGCUGCCGGUCGCCGUGGGGCAGCCCGUGGUGAUGUACCCGCCAUCGGCGCAGCCCAUGGCGGCGCCGGGGACGGCGAUGGCGCAGCCCAUGAUGCCCGGGGCGCAGCCUAUGAUGAUGCCUGGGGCACAGCCCGUGAUGAUGGCACAGCCCAUGAUGCCCGGGGCGAUGACGCAGGUGCCUCGGGGCUGGAUGCCGCAGACCGCCGAUCAGAGCGGCACGGCCGUGGGUGCGCGGGUGCCCCCCUCCUUCUGGGCCAGGUGCUGCUAUGCCCCGUGCGCCAUAUCUGGGUACGAGCACGGCGAUCCCACGCUGGGCAUCUUCGAAGGCCAGGCUCUUUGCGCGCUGAUCCUCGACCUCCUCUGCUGCAUGGGCUGCGUCGUGAGCCAGUUCUGCUGGCGGCCAGACCCCAGAAACAUCAGGGGCGACGGCACGCAGCGAACAGUGGAGCAGAAGUGCCUCGCCGGCUUCUGCGUCGGCUUCCUGGCCAUUGCGUUCUGGGAGAACGGCGACUUCUGCUGCGGACCCGACGGCAGGUGCGCCUGGUGCACCAGUGAGGCGGUGAAGGGCUGCAUGGCCCACUUCCUUCCCCAGAUCGUUGGUCUCCCGUCCCUGGAUUGCUGCUACGUGAUGUGCUUUUGGGAGCCCGACGGCAGGUUCUUCCGGCGCUCCCUGGACAACCACGGCGGGGGCGCUGCCGUGGUGGGGGCCCCAGUGCAGACGGCCGCAGGAAACCCGCCGUUCUUGCAGGUGGCGGGCUCGGCCCCUGGGGGGUUGGAGUUGCAGGGCCUUGCUGCGAGCCGGGGGUGGUGAAGGCUGCGCAGGGUUGGAGUAGUUGCGAAGCGUCUUCAGCACCCACCAGCCCAGCCACGAGCGAUGCCUGGGCGAGCUGCAUGGAUCAUCAUGUGCGGGUGAGGGAGCACCACCGUGUGAUACAUUCGUUGCCGCCCCAUGUCGGCGGGGCCUCACGUGAGAGGAUUAGGAGGAGGAGAAGGGGUUUACUCCUUGGACAAGAGAAGGGGCUUCGUCCCUGAUCCGUCGUUCCGUAGGUCAGGCCGCUGACCGCAGCUCGCCCGGCGUCUUGGCAGGGCGGGUCGGCCUGCGCAGGGCGGCGAGGGCGCCCCCCCGCCGCCCCCCGCCGGCACAGAGCCGGUGCGGAGUGCUCGCGGGCCGCCCGCGCACGGCGCGGGCCAACUCUUCGGCGCGAGGCGCACUCUUUGCGCUGCUCUUGUUGGCAGGGAUGGCGUUGCUCCUCGCUGGUCGUGUGGGUCAGGGGGUGUUACCCAACCGUUUCGUAGGGGUUCGCGUUUGGAUGGCUGGUGGGAUCUGGCGACUCUCUUGCGGAGGAAGCAUGGAAACAUGUCUGGCGAUAUUUUGUCCGCACCGCCGUGAAGCUGCCAACCGUGUAUCGCGCAGCCAGGCUGAAGCUUUUAAGCUGCAGAAUUUUCCAAUCUGGUGUCGUACGCACUUCCGAGUGUACGUCAUUUUGAUCUUUCAUCUGUAGUUUACGGACACUUUAACAAGAAUCCCUCGCAGGUGUGCGGUUCCCGGGCAACUGUCUGAUACUGGUUGCGGGUGCCAGAGGGGGAGAGUGGUUCGUGGGGGGAGCUCCUCGGCAAUUGGUAGGGGCGUCGCAAGCCCACUUCUCACGGAAUCGACCGCGUGCGGAUCUUUAAGAAGUCGCCUUACGGGAUGACUUCUGGAAGGAGAACGGGUGGCCUGAGCAGUUUACCCGCAUGCUUGCGCCGGGUAAGAGCCUCCAAAGGAGGAGGCGCGGGGGGGAAGGAAAUGAGUUUCACAGCGUCCUAUGAAGAGCCAAGGCUUUUACUCCGAGUUGCAUUCCCAGUGGUUACCACGCGAGUGGCGUGAACCACGAUAAAAAAAGAAGACGACAUAGUCAAUGACGUGGGAGUGUCAGACCAUGUAUGGGCCAGGUGGGGGGGCAGUAGAGAGGGUCGGAGGCCUGAAGUGAGUGCAAGCUACGACCAAACAGC